ACUGCUGCUUGCCCCGUUCUUCCCUGCAUGGGUCCCAAGGCAGCCCUUCUUACAUCUAAUUCCACCCUUAUCUUCAGGGUCGGGGCAGACUCACUCCCUCAUGAGGGGUAACUUUGCCCACAUCUCUAUCUUCUUCCAGGUUCCUGGAGUGAUUAACUUCACCCCCCAGGGCUAGACUCGUCAGACGAGCAGCUUCCUCAGCUCCUGUAGCGACUCUUCUCAUUGGCGAAGAUUCUUCCCUGGUUCUCUCCAGGUGUACACAUCGCUUUGAACUGAAACUAAAGUAGAAGCAUACUUGAGAGCCAUGUUGUCCCUUGGUGUCAGCAAAGAUGGUGUCAUUCCACCUACCGAGGAAGAUCGCAGGAAGAUCAUCAGGCAGAUGAAAGUGCGCACAACAUUAAAAGGGGACAACAGUUGGAUCAACCCACAGAACUCGGAUUCUGAGGAUGAAAGAAAGAGUCCAUUGACACUUAAACCACAGUCACCUUUUGCAAAUGGCCAUUCAGACAAGUCUCCAGGUUCCAAGCCUCCCUCUGGUUACCUUAUCAGAGGAGUUUUCACCAAGACUGUUGAUAAGACUCUUCCCCAGAUGACUUCCCCCUCUUUUAAUGGAGCACAAAAAAGCACUGUAGCUAAGAGUGCCAGCUUCCCACGUGUCUCCUCCAGAGUCAAGAUGACAACUGAGGAUUACAAGGAACUGGCUGCGUAUAAUGUGAAGCCAACAUCAGCAGAUUUAGAUGAAGAGGAGCUACCUUUUAGUCUAGAUGAACACAAAAAGAGAACAGAGGCAGCCAACAAUGUGCUGAAGCGCACAGCUAGCAAGGAGCGUGCUUAUGUCCUGUCAGCUGCCAAGAAAAGCAGUGGAAGCCCUACACAAGAGUUGCCACCUUUAUUUGCCAAGAGAGUUGAAAUUGAGGAGGAAGAAAUGCCACACCGCAAGAAUCGGAGUUUAGCUGCUUCAUCGAGGUUUAGUGCUGCUGACACCAGUACUAAUAGGGUGAAAAAGAGCCCAGCAGAAUCUCCCUGUAAUGAGCCAAGGGCAAAAACUGCUGUUUCUACAGAGAGCACUGAUGCAGGCAGUAAAAGCCAAACAACCAGAACCUGGAGUGAAACUAAACUGAGGAGCUCCAGUUCUACUGAACACAGAAAUGGUGAAGACAGACAGCCCCCUAAUGAGAAGUCCUCAGCAGAAAUCAGGUCACAGUAUGGGAAAAGCUCUACCUGUGAAGAAAGUGUGAGCAGUGUCCCCCAGUCAAUGCCUCCGAGUGAAGAAAAGUUCAGAGCUACUACGUCUCUGGCGAAAAGUGACUGCUUGGUUAAGGAGGAGCCUGAGCUGAUCUCCUGGGAUGAAUUGGUUACCGAAGCCACAACCUUUUCUGCAAGUCAAAGAUCCAGUUCCCAUUAUGGGAUUGGUGCUGCUGAUGCUCCACCUGAGCUGCGCCACUGGUACAAAGUCCCUGUGCACCUGGAGGACACAAAUUCCAACCUCACAGGGUCCAGCUCACAGUCUGCAGAUAUCCCUCCAUCUCCUAAUGACACCAGAUACAAAGUCCUUGCACAUCAGAAUGGUACAGAAUAUAAUUUUAAAAGAACUGUCCCAGAUGAUGAGGAGAGAAGUACCACCCAAGAUGCCAGAUACAAGAGUCCCAGAGCCACAGAAAGUGAAGAACCUGAUCGGAAUGACACAGAGCCCUGCACUUCUGAAAGAGAGAGCAGCACUAUUACCCAAGAGGUUCAAUACAAAGUCCCUGUGCAUCUGGAUGAUGAAGAAUUUGAUCUUAAAAGCUCUAUCCAAGCUUAUGAAGAGGGAAGCACUAGCAGAGAGAGAGGACAAGAGAAGACUCAAGCAACAGAUUACUACACAGCAGAAAUGAGCACAACAGGGUUUUCCAGUUUCAGGAACAAUACUGAAAAUACUGAGAAACUGAAAGUACCUGCUACAAAUGACACUCAGUGUGAGCCUCUACCUGCCAGAAAGCAUGCUAAGCCUGACCUGAAUGUGGCAAAAUAUAUCCCAGAUAACAAAGAGAGAAGCAUUAGCAGAGACACAAGAUAUGAGAGGUUGACAGAGGGCAAUGAGCAGAAACUAAGCUUAACUAACAGAUCUAGCCCCACAUCUAGAGACAGCAGCAUCUGUACGUCAGAGAUCCAACAUGUAGAGCACAAUGAGCCUGAUUUGAACAUAGCAAGGACUUCCCCAGCUUAUGAAGAGAGACUUUCCACCCCAACGGGGACCAGUCAUGACAGUCCUAGAGUCAUGAGUCACAAUGAGCCUGAUCUGAACACAGCAAAGUCCAGCUCUUACUCUAAGGAGAAUGUUGUCAGUACCCAUCAUGUGAUGUCCUCACAUAUGGACAGCCGGAAACAAAAUGUCAUUAUGUCAGAGCCCAAUCACAGGAUAUCAUCCUACCUAGACAGAACAGUAUACAAUAUUGGAAGGUCUGUCCCAGAUUAUGAAGGAAGUAGUCCCAGACAUACCAGGUAUGAGAGCCCACCUGCCAGGAGGGACAAUGAUUUUGACUCUGGCAUGGAAAGCAGGCACUACUCCCAUCCUAGAGAGAGCACUGAAACCAUGUCCCAGAGAAGUCACAGGGUGCCAUGCUAUGUAGACAGCUCAGACUACAGUACCAGAAGGCUUCCUCCAAACCCAAGUGACAGGCCCUCCAUCUCUCCUGCCACCUCUCAUUACAGCAGUUUUUUGGCCAAAAGGUGUGAGUCUGAUCCCAGCAUUGCAAGCAAAGGGAUCCUCUUUGUGAAGGAGUAUGUGAACAGCAGUGAGUUUUCAUCCUCUCCACGCUACACGAGUGGCAGCUUAGUUGAUUUGACUGACAAAGAGAGAGCAAGGUACAGUAACACCUGCUACCUACACAGUGGUGCCCCACAAAGGGCAGUUGAUAGAAUCUGCACUUACUGUGGCCGUGAGAUCCGAGACUGCCCUAAGAUAACGAUUGAGCAUCUCAACAUUUGCUGUCAUGAAUACUGUUUUAGGUGUGGAAUUUGCCAUAAGGCAAUGGGAGACCUCCUGGACAAAAUAUUCAUUCAUCGUGACAUUGUCCACUGUGAUAAGUGCUAUGAGAAGCUUUUCUAGUUUUUACAGAGUUGUAGGAACCAGCCAGUUGGAAGACUUCGACAGUAUAUGUCAGAAUGCAUCUAACAGUUCUUGACUUGUUAAGAUAGGAAACCUCUUAUUCCCCACUUUCCUGAAGUUAUUUUUCUGUGUUGUCACCUUAUCACAAUGAAUGAAUUGAACAUUCACUAGUUUUAUUUUGUUGGCUGCACACUAUACAAAUGCCAACACUAAAAAGAAAAGGUAGUGUCAUCUACAACAGCUAAGUGCCAUUAUUCUUCAAAUGGCACCUCCUGCUGCCAUUAAUUUCCAUAGGAUCUGUGUAUACUGAGCACUACAAAAAUCAGGCAGAAACUAUUUAAGGGUCUCAAAAACUGCUAUAUUAGGAUUCAUUUUUUAUUCUUUUGUUUGAUUUCUACAAGUUGACUACAUCCUGGUUUGAACCUAAUGACAAAACAAGCUGCUUGUAGAUCUUAAGGGUAUAGAAGGCUAAGCUCAGGGCCUUGGAAAGAUCCAAAAUGCAAUGUCAAUCCAGUGUCUAUUUACUUCACUCCCAUAUUCUGAUUACAAGUACUGAUUACCUUCUACUUGCUUGUCAGGAAUAUUCUGAAGCACUUGCAUUCUCACUUUGCCUUAACCAUGUGUCAGCUUUAAUUUCCCUUCCUCUCCUCCCCAGUUGAUUUUAUACUCAGCAAGCAUGUGUGCUCAACGUUUUGGAGUGCUUGUACUCUUUUCUACCUGGAAUUCUAGUUUGAUUUCUGAGGGGGUGGUUUCUGAUUGCCUUAUUGACCAUGCCAAGGGACCAUGCUUUUCAGCUGACCUUCUUUACAGGGGGUGUCCCUUAUUUUAAAUCUAAAUUUACCUCUGCUUGCUGAAACUGCUGAAUGUCUCUUUUUAUUACUGUACCUUAUUUAGAUCACAAAUACUGACUUACAAAACUAAAGUUUACAACAGAUGUUGUACACGGUAUGUCUACACAUGCACUCUAAUGUGCAUUAGCCUAUUUUAAUGCCCAUUAAAG